GAAAAAGCCCGCGAGAUCCGAAGUACCUUUCCCCGAAGAUGCCCCUUGCUGCUAUAUGCUGGUCUAUUGUGACCAGAGUAACCCCGCUCUCUGAUGAUUGGGGAUGCCUCAUUCAACUUCCAUCUUACCCCAUUCAUUGUUAAGGACAAAUGGAUCUUCCCCCAUCUUGGAGUCGAGCUCUGACUACUCACAAAGAACCUCGACCCCAAAGACCAAGAUUCUGGCUGCCUAAGUGACACCCUCCUGGUCCGUACUCCACGGUCAAUCGACCCAUCCAGUCUAUCCUCGGUCUAGCGGUGCCGAUCUUUCCCCUCACUCAACGUCCAAGCUCGUUAUCGGGGCAAAUCAAGACCCCUGAUUUUCUGCAAGCCUUGGUGGAGGCAUGGCUGAGCCUCUCCCGGUUGUCUUGAAUUGACGAGGCUUCCCCUCGUAUAACGAUGCAGCGAUGCUACCUUCUCCGGAGCUCCUGCGGAGAUGGCAGGAUUCGUCCCCACGACAAAUAUCGGCAGUCUUUCUGACUGGCUUUCCAGCUCGAUGACGAUUUCUUGGCCAUAUCCGUUCGGUGGUUAGCCUUGAGAGGAAGCUGGUCAAAGACGAUUGCCAGGGCACGGCUAUGUCCGGCCUUGUUUGCGUAAAUCCCGUUGGUCGAUUGUUUGUAGACACGGCUGGGCGCGAUUUACAGGCUGAUCGGUUGAUCUCCCCUCUUCCCAGAAGUUGUAUUUAAAGUACGCGUGGAACCCCUGGAUUCGUUUUUUUCUCUACUAUCCAGGUUGAGUCUGAACUUCAACAUCUGGACUGAACGUUGAGCCAUCAUGCGCGCCCACAGUCUACUGCAGUUGGCGCUGCCGCUCGCAGCAGCAGCAGCAUCGGUGCCCCUCGGUACUGAGUUCGCUCGGCGCCAGCUUCCCAAUGAGCCUACUGGCGUCAAGACCAUCAAGACUGCCAAUAAUGUCACCAUUCGGUACAAGGAACCCGGCAAGCACGGUGUGUGUGAAACGACACCAGGUGUGAAGUCGUAUGCCGGCUAUGUGGACUUGGCUCCGGAUGCGCAUACUUUCUUUUGGUUCUUCGAGGCACGCCACGACCCAGAGAAUGCACCUAUUACUUUGUGGUUGAACGGUGGCCCGGGAAGUGACUCAUUGAUUGGGUUGUUUGAAGAAUUGGGUCCCUGCCGUGUUAAUGAGAAGAAUGAGACCGAGAUCAACCCUUACUCUUGGAACGAGGUCUCCAAUAUGCUUUUCAUCUCCCAGCCUCUUGGUACCGGUUUCUCAUAUGCCGAGAAAGAAGCUGGCUCUCUUAACCCCUUCACUGGCGUGUUUGAGGAUGCAUCCUUUGCGGGUGUACAAGGCCGCUACCCGGUUAUUAACGCCACUUUGAUCGAUACCACCAAUCUUGCCGCUGAAGCAACCUGGGAAGUUCUGCAGGGAUUCCUUGGCGGUCUACACAAGCUAGACCCAAAGAUCAAGUCAAAAAGCUUCAACCUGUGGACUGAGAGUUAUGGAGGUCACUAUGGCCCCGCUUUUUUCGAUCACUUCAUGAAGGAGAACGACAAGAUUGCCAACGGUACCACCAAGGGCGUUCAACUUGACUUCAACACCCUCGGAAUUAUAAACGGCAUCAUCGACGAAUCUAUUCAGGCUCCUUACUACCCCGAGUUUGCUCGCCAUAAUUCGUACGGCAUUGAGGCGGUGAACGAGACUGUCUAUAAUUACAUGAAGUUCGCCAACUCUAUGCCCAACGGUUGCCAGGACCAGAUCUCCUACUGCAAGACCACCAACCGAACCUCGCUGGCUGACCUGGCAAUCUGUACCGAGGCCGCUAAUAUGUGUCGUGACAACGUCGAGAGCCCGUACUACGUCUUCAGUGGCCGCGGCACGUACGAUAUCCGCCACCCAUCCCAAGACCCCACCCCUCCCAGCUACUACAUCAACUACCUCGCCAAAGACGAGGUCAAGAACGCUCUGGGAGUCGACCUCAACUACACUCAAUCCAACGCCGAUGUUUACUACGCCUUCCAGCAAACCGGUGACUUUGUCUGGCCUAACUUCAUCGAAGACCUGGAAGAUAUUCUCACCCGACCAGUGCGCGUCGCUCUCAUCUAUGGCGAUGCAGAUUACAUCUGUAACUGGUUCGGUGGCCAGGCAGUCUCGCUUGCAACCAAUUACACGCAUAGUAAAGAAUUCCGCGCAGCGGGAUAUGCUCCUUUUACCGUGGAUGGUGUGGAAUAUGGCGAGACUCGCGAGUAUGGUAACUUCUCGUUCACCCGUGUUUACGAAGCUGGCCAUGAAGUUCCGUACUACCAGCCCGUUGCCUCUCUGCAGCUUUUCAACCGUACGCUGAAUGGUUGGGAAUUGCCUACUGGGGAGAAGAAGCUUACCCCGGACUUUGGGUCGGAUGGCCCCGCAACUGCAACGCACACUCAGUCAUCGGUCGCUUUGCCAACCUCGACGUCCACGGCGGGUCGUUCCGUUGGCAGGAAGAACUUCUAAUCUUGAUGUGAUUAUGUGGUAAUGUUAAUCUGAACAAAGUUUGUAAUAUAACAGGAGGACUUCGAAGUGGCCACAUUAUAUGUAUGCUGAUAGAUUAUCAAUGAAAGGGACCAGGCACCGCAUGUGCAAGGUCUACCAUACCCCCGGCA